AUGGCAUCCCAGCAAGCCGGCGUGGCCACGACGGCCUUCCAGAAGAUCAAGGUCAAGAACCCAGUCGUCGAGCUUGAUGGCGACGAGAUGACCCGUGUCAUCUGGAAGGACAUCAAGGACAAGCUGAUUCUGCCCUUCCUCGACAUCGACCUCAAGUACUACGACCUGGGCCUCGAGCACCGUGAUGCUACCGACGACAAGGUCACGACCGACUCGGCCGAGGCCAUCCAGAAGUACUCUGUGGGUGUCAAGUGUGCCACCAUCACGCCUGACGAGGCCCGUGUUGAGGAGUUCAAGCUGAAGAAGAUGUGGCUGUCCCCGAACGGAACGAUCCGCAACAUUCUUGGUGGCACCGUCUUCCGUGAGCCCAUUGUCAUCCCGCGCAUUCCCCGGCUGGUGCCUGGCUGGGAGAAGCCCAUCAUCAUUGGCCGCCACGCCUUUGGCGACCAGUACCGCGCCAAGGACCGGGUGAUUCCGGGCAACGGCAAGCUGUCCAUGGUCUUCACCCCGGCCGAUGGCGGUGCGCCCGAGGAGAUUGAGGUGUACGACUUCAAGACCGGCGGUGGUGUUGCUCAGACCCAGUACAACACGGACGAGAGCAUCGAGGGCUUCGCCCACGCCUCGUUCAAGCUGGCUCUGGACAAGGGCCUGCCGCUGUACAUGAGCACCAAGAACACGAUCCUGAAGAAGUACGACGGCCGCUUCAAGGACAUCUUCCAGAAGUACUACGACGAGCAGUACAAGCCGGAGUUUGAGAAGAAGGGCAUCUGGUACGAGCACCGCCUGAUCGACGACAUGGUCGCCCAGAUGAUCAAGAGCAAGGGCGGCUACAUCAUGGCGCUGAAGAACUACGACGGUGAUGUGCAGUCGGACAUUGUGGCCCAGGGCUUCGGCUCUCUGGGCCUGAUGACGUCGGUGCUGAUCACGCCGGACGGCAAGACAUUUGAGUCCGAGGCUGCCCACGGCACGGUGACGCGCCACUACCGCGAGCACCAGAAGGGCCGCGAGACGUCGACGAACCCGAUUGCAUCCAUCUUUGCGUGGACCCGUGGUCUGGCCCAGCGUGGCAAGCUCGACGAGACGCCGGAGCUGAUCGCUUUUGCUGACGCCCUGGAGCGCGCCUGCAUCGAGACGGUCGACACGGACGGUAUCAUGACCAAGGAUCUUGCCCUGGCCUGCGGCAAGACCGACCGCGCGAGCUACGUCACCACGACCGAGUACCUCAACGCAGUCGAGCGUCGCAUCACCAGCAACCUGCAGGGCAAGCUAUAA